AUGCCGCCUCUCAUAGUGAUCCGCAGCGGCUGCAAGCACGUCGAAUACCUGGGAAAUCGCACGCCACGGUGUCCUGCAUCAUGGGCCGAUCGUUUCAGUGAAGAUGACGACAAACCUGCAGACGACGAGGAAAUGCUACGUCAAGUUGUAGAAACACGGGACGGUGGUAGUGGUGACUAUGGCGGCGUCAGUAAAUCGUUCGGGUUUUCGCGCGAGCGAUGCGACGUGGAAGACGCGCACGCCUUUCGGUGUGCCUAUUGUGGCAACAUGGUGUCUGACCACGACGACGUUAUCUCCAAGACGUUCUUCGGUCGCACUGGCAAGGCCUUCCUUAUGAAUAACGUGUACAACGUUCGCGUCGGCUCUGUUCGCAAGUGCUACCUGAGGACUGGAAUCCACUCUAUCGCUGACAUUCUAUGCGGUCAAUGCGAUGUCAUGCUGGGCUGGAAAUACAUCAAAGCCAUGGAGAGUUCCCAGAAAUACAAAGAAGGCAAGUUUAUCAUGGAGCAUGGUGUAGUCCAAGAUGAUGCGGAAGAGCUGAAUUGGGACCGCUUGUAA